AUGGAAUUACGUGGCUCUAAGUACGACUGGGCUUACAAGACCACAAUGGUUAAGCGUGACGACUAUGAACGUAUCGAGAAACCCAACACUCGUGGUAAGGCCCUCGGUGGUAGUUCUUCCUUGAACUACUUCAGUUGGAUUCCCGGUUGCAAGCCCACGUUCGACAGAUGGGAAGAAUUCGGUGGUGAAGAAUGGACUUGGGACCCCUUGGUACCUUAUUUGAGAAAGAGUGCCACUUACCAUGAUGACUUGAAGCUUUACCCCGAAGAACUCAAGAAGAUUGGUGGUGGCGGUCCUCUUCCAAUCUCUCAUGCUGAAUUAGUGGAUGAAUUAGCUCCUUUUCGUGAAAAAAUAAUCGAAGCCUGGAAGUCAAGAGAUCUUCCAAUGAGCGAAAAUAUUUAUGAUGGUGAGAUGAUUGGUCUGACACAUUGUGUGGACUCCAUCUACCACGGUGUGCGUUCCAGUAGUGUCUACUUCCUGAAGGAGAAGCCAAAUAUCACCAUUUUAUCCCAAGUCCACUCCAAAAAAGUCAUCAUCGAUGCCGCUGACAAGGUUGCCAAGGGUGUCACCAUCAUUAAGCCAUCUGGAGAGGAACACAGCUAUUAUGCCAAGCGCGAAGUCAUUGUUGCCCAAGGUGUUUUUGAAAGUCCUAAACUAUUAAUGCUUUCAGGAGUUGGCCCAAAGAAGGAAUUAGAGACACAUGGUAUCGAUGUUAUUGUUGAGAAUCCCCAUGUUGGUCAACACUUGUUAGACCAUCCAGGUGUCCCAUUUGUAUUGCACGUAAAAGAUGGUUUUGGUAUGGACGAUCACUUGUUGCGUGAAGGUCCCGCACACACUGCUGCAGUGGAACAGUACAAGAAGAAAUCCACCGGUCCUGUUGGUUCGGGAUUACUUGAAUUAGUUGGUUUCCCACGUAUUGACGAAUAUUUAGAGAAAGAUCCUCACUACCUCCAAGCCAAAAAGGCCAACGGCGGCAAGGACCCAUUCUGCCCUGAAGGCCAACCUCACUUCGAAUUAGACUUUGUGAGUAUGUUUGGUAGUGCUUUCCAAUGGCAUUAUCCAACUCCAAAAGAGGGUUGUUACACUAGUGUGGUGGUCGAUUUGGUUCGUCCAAUUUCUGAACCAGGUGAAGUCAAGUUGAACAGCGCGGACCCACUUGUACAACCGAACAUCAACUUGAACUUCUUUGCCGAUGAGUUAGAUAUCAUCGCCAUGAGAGAAGGUAUCAGGUUUUCUUACGACGUGUUGACCAAAGGUAAAGGGUUUAAGGACAUUGUCGUCGGUGAGUACCCAUGGGAAAUGCCAUUGGAUGAUGACAAAGAAAUGAGGAAACAAAUUUUAGACCGUGUUCAAACCGCGUUCCACCCUUGUGGUACUGCUCGUUUGUCUAAGAGUAGUGAGCAAGGUGUGGUCGAUUCAUCAUUAAAGGUGCAUGGGGUCAAGGGAUUACGUGUGAUUGAUGCCUCUGUUAUCCCAGUUAUCCCAGACUGUCGUAUUCAGAACUCUGUAUACGCCAUUGGUGAGAAGGGUGCUGACGCGAUCAAGGAAGCUCACAAAGACUUGUACUAA